UGCUGUGGGCAUGAGUAACAGUAUUGAGAUACUUUAAACUUGUAUCUGAUUAUAACAGCUACGUAUAACGUGUUUAAUUACCCUGUUAUAAAUUAAUGAGAGUCUCUCGACUCGUGUUUUUUAGUCAUUAUGGGCGAUCAUGUUGAGUUGGUCGCUGGCUGUUAUGAGCAGAUAGUUUUUGGUUAUCGACGUGUAUGCAAAGGUGAAGAUGAGUGGACACUUGUGCCCAACUUUACACACCAUGCACACACAGCAUCACUCACUGCGGUUGCAUCCAAUAAUCAAUUCAUCGCCACUGGAAGCAAAGAUGAAACCAUUCAGUUAUAUGACAUGAGCAUGAAAACUGAGCAUGGAGCCUUGUUGCACCAUGAUGGUACCAUCUUGUGUCUGGAGUUCUGCAGGUCGUCACAUUUACUCAGCGGAGGAGAAGAUGGUCUUAUCUGUGUGUGGAACACCAAAAAAUGGGAAUGUCUAAAGUCCAUCAAAGCUCAUAAGGGUCAUGUUACAUCACUGUCUGUACACCCGUCUGGGAAACUGGCACUCUCUGUCGGAUCGGAUUUGGCCACCCCUUCCAUGCUUGGCCAGGUGAACACCACUGCCAGACUGUCCUGUCUAUCUGUUUGGAUACCUGGGGAAGAGAAUGAGACCCCUGCCAAACUGUCUGCAACCUCUAAGACUGUUGCGGAGUCCCCUAUGCCAGCCAAUGCUAAAAGGGUGAGGAUCACAGGUGAGGAGGUGAUUAUACAGGAGGAAAGCAGCGCCACGAAACAAGGAAAAAAGAAAAAAAAGACAUAAAGUGCAAUAAACUUUUUU